AGGGUGAUGGAAAGGAGAAAGAGACACGUGGGACAAGAGGGAAGUCGCGAUUGGUUAAGCCGGUUGGAAAAGCCCGCCUGGUUGCUCGACCGGCCGGCACUUCGCUCAGUUCUCCACUGUGCUCCGAGCGAAACGGAGCUUUCGCCAACCAGAUUCACGGAGACCCUAUCUUGCGCUUCUUCGAUUAUAAAUCCCGCCUCGAUCGAUCGAUCCAUCCAUCUCGCGAUAGUAAUUCGCGUGCUCCCGACACCCGUGCCCGACGGGCAAGUUUCACGGAGGAUUCUUCCUCUGAACGCUCCUCUGCAGUUGUUUACCGCGGUCCGUUCGAGGGCAAAACAAUAGAAGAGGAAACUAUGCUCGUGGACGAAAACCCGUCGCUGUCAACGGUUUAGGACGCGUCGAUAAAGCCAACUGUCGCUUCGAAAAAAAGUGAGCUUAUCAGGGAAAGGAUUCGUCAGGAUCACGAUGACACGGAGAAGAGUGGCGGAUCUGUGCGGGUGGCUCCUUUUGGCGGGACUCGUCUGCUGCUCGUCUUGUCAAGCCGUGUCGUCUACGAUUGAGAAUAAGACUGGUCAAAGCGAAAGCAAACCCCGCGUGUUUUCGCCCCGAAUGGACUACGACGAAUGGACGCCUCUAGGUCGCGGAGAUCCCCUGAAGAACAACCCCACCUUCGACUACGUUCCUCCCGUUCUCGAUAGAGUGCAAUACUGGCUAGACUCCCACACCACCGAGCCGUCUACCAAACGUGACAUCCUAGUCCUUGGCGUCACCGCGAAGAAGACCAGUCCCAAGAUACCAGAGCAAUUCCUGAAGUUCGUCGAUGGGCCAAAGUUCACCAGGUCGAACCAGGACGUUUCGUUCAGAAACGACUACACUGGCAGCACUGGCGCGGAACCUCCGAAAGUCUUGCGCACGUCCAACUUCCGCAACGGACCGAUCGACUACAGGAACCAGAACAGGAUACAGUCUGUGCCAGCUAGCUAUUACCCUAGUCCGUAUUACAACCAAAAGUCGAAGCCGUACACGAUGAUGCUGCCUCCGCCGUUGGUCCAGAAGGACAAGCUGGUUAGCUUCGCCGAGCCAACUCAGCAGUUCAGCACCCAAACGGAAGAAGGACCAGUGAUUCAGGAGUCCCAGUUCUACGCGAUACCAUCGAAGAACUAUAAUCAACACCCACCACCCCCUCAAACCCCCGCCAAGUCGCAGAACUUGUCCAAGCCAUCCAACAAAGGCGCGAUGGUCUCCCAAAUCGAGACCAUCAAGAGCGUCUACGCUUCCUCGUCAGCCCAGCCGACGAAGUCGAGAUACGAGAGCAUCACGACUCCGUCCGUUUCCUUCGAGAAGUCUAAUUUGAUUUACCAGUCCACCCAGACUCUCUCCGGUGGAUGGCCUAGCAACGGUCCAGUGUCCACGCCAACCACUUCGGAUGCGAGCCAAUCCGGCUGGAGGACUCCGGACUACCCUCGCGAUCAGUACGAGAUCGAUCACCACGUCGCCGCCUCGUCGAAUCACGAGGUGGUGGUCAAGCAGAACGCCAACAUAAUCGUGGACGGAGACAGUAACGAGAACGAGGAGGUGGUCAUGGGCCAAAAGGAAGCUUCGUCUGAAAAACUCGCACCAACCACUGCAAACGUUCAUCCACCCGCGAAUUCCUCUCUAGAACGUGUGAAAGAGAACGUGGACGAGGAGUCAUCCGAAAAGAUGCACAUAGUCGUUGCUAACUCACCUGCCAGUCUCGAUAUCGAGUCUCAGAAGGCCAACAAAGGCCCAGUGGCCGUGGUGAUGCCCAUAAAUUACUCUGAGAAGAAGCCAAACGUCUCUGGUUCAGACUCGAUGCAAUCCACCCCGAGCGUACCAACGAAUUCGACGAUAGAGGUCGAAGCGUCCAGCGAGAAGGCACCGAAAGCUCAGCCUCAGCCAGUCAGAAACUCCGUGACAAUUUCUCCCGUCUUCUACGAGGAUCCCCAGUCUCCCCAGUCUUCUGCUGUUUCCCCUAAUAGAAUGAUUCCCUCCCAUCUUCAGCACCCAGUUUCUCAGCCCACAGGUAUGCCUCCGCUCUCCAGGUUCCCUGUUAACCCGAUGCACGCGUUUGGACCACCCCAAGCUCCUCUUCAAUCCAUGAUGCACUCGCAGUCCAGGCCCAACCACGCCAUGAUGCACUUCCUGGGCAGUAUGCGACCGAAUCUAGGUUUUCGAAUGCCAGGACCGAUGUCCAUGUUCCCACCGAUGGCCCACAUCCACGCGCCACCCGCGAAGCCCAUGAUGAAUCACAUGGGAGCAGCCUCCAUGCCCAUGGAUCAGUCGCACCGACCCCCGCAGAUGCAAGACUUCGCUAUCGGGUUCACUAAUCCACCUGCAUCCUCGUCUCUGACCAUCCAAGCGAUGGGAGCGGAGGAACACCCCUUCGAUCAUCAUCGGUCUCGCCUACCUGACACGACGACUCUGAUCACCACUCCUACUCCGUUCCUGCCAACCGCCAGCCCCACCGAGAAUUCACCCGUCGUCGUGGACACCAAGGACACGGAGGUGAAGAAUCAGUCCCCCCUGGGAUCGAUACUAACCAACGAGAGGGAAGAGUCGACGCGUCCUCCAGCGACGACUGCUCCUCAAGUGACCACUGUACCAAGCCUUACCACGGAUCCCAUCUUCUCGCACUACAAACAACCCGCCAAGCCUCUGCGUGGGCCUAUGUACCUCAUUAUCCAGGGCCACUCGAAGGUCAAGACAUACAAGCCUACCGUGACCAAGCACGACCUACCGAUGCAGAAGAACGAGAUCGUAGAGGGCGUCACCGAGAGGCAGAUCUCGAAGUUCGAGCAGUUCAUCAAGGAGAACACAAAGAAUAUAAACGUUAACAACGCGAAUGCCGAGAAGAAGAAGGCUGAGGAGAAGGCAAGGGCCGAGAAGCUCGCGCAAGCUCACCAGGACAGUCUGAUGAGCCUCGUGGAGAGCGGUUUGGGCAGCUUCACGGUGUCGCCUUCGUCCUCGGCGACAGAGGAGGAGCACCAGGCCAACUCCGUGACGACGAUCGAGAUCAAUGGCAACUAAGACCCGUUCUCGCGUUUGGAAACAUUUUCCCCGCGGUUGCUUCCGUGCGAAUCGAUUGGUAGACGUCGAUUCUGGAACGCGACACGGGACGAGCGAUCGAACGCGCGAAUCUGAACACCCGCGCGAGUGUCUUGUGAACAGUGAUUGGACGUUCGAGUGUCUUGCAAAACUUUUGGAGACUGUUCAGCUUCGGGUCGCUUGUUAUGUUCGAUAUUGGAAGAUCUUGGGGGUCCUGACGGGGUUUGAGGCUUUGGUUGGUUUUAAACUUCGCGACCAAGCAAAGUUACAGAACUGAUCAGGACUUGCGAGACCUUCUGGUGUUGGAUACUGCUGGGAGCGAUUCGAAUCCGACGUCACGGACACGGGAAACAUUCGGGAGUGAUCGAAUCUUGUCGAAUCGCGGCCAACGAGAUACGUUUCGCGUGUCAGCGAUUGCUCCUUGAGGUAGAGGCAUCAGUAGUGGACUGAGCAGACUCCUUCGCCGGAUGAUAUACCAUGAAUACGAGAUGAAAGAAUAGUCUUUGUAGACAAACUGUCUUGUUAUUUAAAAUUUGAUAUUUAAGCUUGCCUCCGACAUCUAGCAAUCUCUGAUAAUAUUCAUUUGAAAAUUUCAUUUCAGGCCUGUCCACUACUGGCGCGUUUACCUCGAACAUCUGUUAUUAAUCUUACAUUCACCGCGUUAUUUAUUAUUUAAUCGCCCAAUUUCGCAGUCACCUUCGUAGAGGCUCAACGUGGCAGGUUCGCGAUCAACCAGUCCUGCCUCGGUCUCAUCAUCGAUGGGAGAAGCGCGCCAAUUUCUAAUGUGCCAGUAUACAUACACACGCAUAACCCACGCACGCACACACAGACACACAUAAAUAUACGCAUACGUACACGUAUACGAGGUAUACGUCGCGUGUUGCGACGGACUAGCAGAUUUGCUCAACGAAUUCAGGCAGGUCGCGCAGCAAACGCAUUAUUCCUCCUUCUUUCUUUAGGGUACGCGCGGUAAACGUGAUUUUCGAUGGAAAUUGAUGCGUGCGCGAUCGUCGUCGCAAACGACGUCCCUUCGCUCGUGUAACCCAUCAGAGAUAGGCGAAAUUUGAUUGUGUUCGAUCCUGCUGAGGGCCAACCUUCGGAAUUGUCUCAUUUCAUUUCAGAGUAUUAGAAAAAUCGACGAAGAAGACUUACUCGGUACGUUUCUAAUAAUAUGUGGACAAAUAAAAUUGACAGGGUUCGUAUAUUAUUAAAAAGUGUACUGUUUCUGUAUAUGAUACGACUAUUUUACGUUAUAGACCAGAUACAUUAAUCGAAUAAACGAGUUCUCAUUAAACGAACGAGUCGAACGACGACGAUUCUGCCGACGGCCAUGUGUGGAUAUUUAUCGAAGCUGAACGUCAGCGACGAGCUUCUACUUAGGAUUGUAUUUAUUGUAGUAGCUAAGAAUUAUUGCGAUCAACGUAUUUAUUGUAUCGUCAUGCUGAUCCACGACGCGAGGAAACUCUACGAUAUUACAUGUAUGCUCUCUCGAUUCUACGCAGAAACAACGAUAAGGUAAGUGUGCCAGCAGUUGACCAUCCGUGAGACCACAGAAACAUUUUUAAGGGAACGAUGUUCGUCCAUAAAUGAAAUAAACUCCUAUCGGAUCGAUCAUUUCUUAAACCAGCGAGAAAUUGCUAAACGAUUGAAUCCCAUCUUGACUCGUGCGAUCUCUUAGCACGCGACUAAUAGAAUGGUCAACUAUCGGUACGUUUACCUCGUUCCACAUAUCUCUGUGUUCCACGAUAGCGAAAUUAGCGUAGGUCUAUUCGAAAACUCCAGUGCGUGUUGUCGGCGCACGGCACCGUUACUUACUCUUAGACGAACGAAAUGCUCGAUGCGACUUACAUCAUAUUAUUAACACUAGUCUUACAUCCACCAGUUACCACACAUAUCGCGUAAUUAUACUAACGUCAACUUUGUACCGUUCCCCUUGUCCGUAGAAAUUGGUAGCUGUCGAUCCGUGUUCGCGCUACGACACCAAUCGUCCGUUAUUUACAUAUACCUGCACCUACACGAGUCGUGUGUGUUCCAAGUUACACGAUACAAACGAAAAGAAGACGAAAACGAACGAGUCGCGAGCGUAGAACGGUCACUUGUGCGCAGAGGUGGGCGAAAUUUAAAUUUGGCCCAUCGCUGCUCGUGCGUAGUAGCCUCGUCAUCGUGCCACGCACUUAGGGUAGAUUCGCACGGCGUGUACACGGGACAGAUUGCGAGCAUUGACUUCGUACGUACUAUAGGUGUGUACUAUGUUACAUAUGAUAAUUGUACCUGACGGACACACGUUCUGUUGAUUUUUCCGUUUCUCAAUAAAUUAUCGCAUUACC